AUGCUUCCCGGAGCAUCGUCGCGCACACUUCUGCUGCUCGGGCUGUUCUUUGCGUGCGGCACUAUUCCCACACUAGCGCAGCCUCCAGAAGCGCUUAGCUACCCGAACGUGAUCACUUUCGGCGUGUUUUCCGGCUCAAUUUGCUACUCCAAUUCUGUCAACGUCAAAACACUUACGCCGAUCACAACGCGCACCUUCACGUUUAUCCCAGGGACCGCUCUCCUCUACGUCAUUUGUUACAACAAUUUGAUACUGCAUCCGUUCGAGGCGACACUCAUUGGUGGAGGAUUAGGAACCAAGACCGAAACCAGCAUCGUGCUCACUUCAACUACUGGCAAACUGUACGCUAACUGUGACGCUUACUGCACGUAA